CCUUAGCUCUUUCUUUUGGCUUUCUUCUUCGUCGUCGUCGUCUUCGGAUUCUUCCAUUUUAUGGACAAACGCCUCCUAUCGACGAAGUAUAUAGGGAGAUACGGCCGUGUCGCCGCCGAGACGAUCCGAAGAGCCAAGGUCGCGAAGCCCGCCCUCAAAUCGCUGGCUCCGGGCAACGUGGAGUCUGCCGCCGCCGCCGCCUCCUCCAGAGGCACCGGCCGGGGGAUGGACGAAGGGGAGCGGCUGGAGAGCCGCGUCCCCCUGAGGGACGUGGUGGCCGACUGCACCCGCCGGUGGUUCCAGGACGCGCUCAAGGAGGCGAGGGCCGGGGAUGCCGCUAUGCAGGUCCUUGUUGGUCAGAUGUACCAUAACGGUUAUGGAAUCCCGAAGAACGAGCAAAAGGCACAUGCAUGGAUCACAAAAGCAUCCAACUAUCGUUCAUCAGUUUGGAAGGUUAGUGACAAGCGUCCAGGUUACAAUGCCAGUGACUCAGAUUCCGAGGAGGAGAAGAUUAACAUUAAAUCAUGAUCAAAGAAACUUGAAUUUGAAGAAAGCAUUUUAAACUAAUCCACAUCCAUUGGCUGUGUCUUCUCAGUUGGCAUGCUUAUGGCUAAGUCAGGUGUGCGCCGAUCACAAUAAUCAUCGGCAUUUGUUGGAACCUUGUGCAAACCUAUAAUCAGUGCUUCAACAUCUGCUCAUUGUCUUUCUUGCCUGUAUCACUUUUUGGUUUCCAGGAACUGUAUGAUCAUAUUGUAUGUACUUUGUUCUUCAAGUUUCAGAAUUCCUCCAUGGCUUUUAUUUAGGCCAUGACAUUUUUAAAGGAGUUUUAUGUGGACA